UUCAUUACAACCCACGCGCAUGCAUAAAAAAUCCAAUAUAGAUUAUUAUAGUUAAAUAGAAAUCACAAGGAUCAAUAAUUUAAUUCAUAGGAAUACGAAAUUUGAAACCUAAAACUGAAACUCAAAAUUUUAAUUUAGCUUGUAAUCUCCCCUCCGCUCCGAUUCUCUUUAUAAAGAAUUAUCAAAUAUAAGGACCUUACAACCUGACCAAUUGGUUGGUUUUGAGAGAAAUUGAGAGGAAGGAAAGAUGGUGUGGGGAUCAUGGAGGAAAUAUUACAAGGAUGUGGUGACAUUCACAGCAAUGGUGACAAUGGAAUGUGUAAUAGUGGGGAUAAACACACUGUUUAAAGCAGCUACGUUGAAGGGCAUGAGCUACCAUGUUUUUUUGGUCUACGAUUACGCCGUUGCUGCUCUUCUUCUUCUUCCUACUCCUUUCUUCUCUUACAGAUCAAGAGUGCUACCUCCACUCAGCUUGCGUAUACUAUGCAAAAUUGGACUUCUCGGGUUUAUAGGAAUUUCAUGUCAGAUAAUGGGGUACACAGGCAUCAUUUAUGGUUCUCCCACUCUUUCUUCUGCAAUCAGCAAUCUCACACCAGCUUUUACCUUCAUCCUAGCUAUCCUCUUCAGAAUGGAGAAGCUGGUACUGAAACGAAGAAGCAGUCAGGCCAAAGUAAUGGGCACCAUAAUAUCAAUUACAGGUGCAUUUAUAGUGACUCUAUAUAAGGGUCCGGCCAUUGUCAAAGCUUCAACGUCUCUUCAUCAACCUCUCAACUCUUCAAGCACAGAUUGGGUCAUUGGUGGUGCUUUCCUCACUGUUCAGAAUAUUCUGAUUCCAUUGUGGUUAAUUGUUCUUGUAAGAAUUCGUCUACCAAUUUUACAAAUAUAUCUCGCUUGGUGCAUCCAUUGUUGGAAAUUUGAAGAAAUAAAUGAAUUAUCUGAUGUUUUGCAGACACAAAUCAUGGAAGAGUAUCCAGCAGAACUAACCGUAAUGUUCUUUUACAAUUUAUGUGUGUGCUUCAUAGCUUUCGUUGUUGGUUUAGUUGUUGAAAGAAAUGCAAGUGCUUGGAGAAUAAGGCCAGACGUUGCAUUAGCCUCGGUUAUUUGCUCGGGAGUCUUCAGUUCUUGUUUGAACAAUACAGUUCAUUCAUGGGCUCUGCGGUUGAAGGAACCAGUUUUCGUGGCAAUGUUUAGGCCAUUUUCCGUCGUCAUAGCUUUUACCAUGGGUAUCGUCUUCCUGGGUGAAACACCUCAUAUUGGGAGUCUUAUCGGAGCAACAACAAUAUCGAUUGGAUUUUAUACGCUGAUGUGGGGAAAGGUGAAAGAAGCAACGGCUGAGGACAAUGGUAGUGGCUCCACCAUAGAUUCAUCAUCUUCCCACAAGGACCCCCUGCUUCAAAGCUAUAAAAAUGGUCAAGUGUAGGAACAAAUGCAUUGGAAAUGGAAAAUUUUCUCAGUUCUGAAGGUCUGUCUUCUUCAGACAACCCUAUUUGAGCUCAUGUCGAAAUAAGGAUUUCCUAUGUGAUAUGCAAAUAUUGAAGCUCCAGUUGAAGAGAAAACAGGCUAUACGACACUAGAUUGGACCAACCAGGCAAUGUGACGAAGCGAUCAAUAUAACGUGGAUGGAGCAAGUUAAAAAUGUUAACAAUUGGAAUUUAAAGUUUAGACAAGUGGAUAUUAAGAAAAAUAAAAUUGGGUACAUGUAUAGUUUGGUAUAAUUCAAAUAUCGUAUAUGUAAUACCGCUACUUGAUUA